AUGGCAACUGGGGGCACUCCUUUCGAGGACAGCACCGAAGAGCUGCACAACUGGACCGUAACCAAUGGUAGCCUUGAAGAUAGACUUAACAACUUGGAUUGGGGAGUACAGCAAAAGAAAGCCAAUCGAUCUUCAGAGAAAAACAAGAAAAAAUUGUCUGCUGCGGUGGUGGAAAGCCGCGUGACAAAUGAUAUUUCACCAGAGUCCACCCCAGGGGCCGGCCGCAGAAGAGCUCGCACUCCUCACUCCUUCCCUCACAUCAAAUACACGACCCAAAUGUCUGUCCCAGACCAGGCUGAGCUGGACAAGCUUCGUCAGAGGAUCAAUUUUACAGACCUGGAUGAGAGAAGCAUCGGCAGUGACUCCCAGGGUCGUGUUACAGCCGCCAACAACCAGCGGCAGAUAGCUGGGGAGAACAAGAAGCCCUACAACUUCCUUCCUUUGCAUGUAAACACUAACAAAAGCAAGGAGCUGCUCCAUCCAUCUGCAUCUGCCCCCACCACCCCAGCUAUCACAAAAGAACUCAAGAAGCAGAGCCCAGGACUCAGGCAUAUGUUAACCCCUGGUCCUCCCACAAAGGAUUCUCCGGGGCGCAGUCGUGGUGCCACAGACAGAGGACACUCAGCAGAGAGAGAAUAUGGUCGGGGAGAGCACAGAGUAGACAGCAGUCAGGUGGUGAGCAAAUUGGUGCAGAUUCGGGACUACAUCAGUAAGGCAAGCUCCAUGAGGGACGAUCUGGUGGAAAAGAAUGAUGUACCAGCCAACGUGGAGCGUCUUUCUCAUCUUAUCGAACACCUCAAGGAACAGGAGAAGUCAUAUUUACGGUUCUUGCAAAAAAUGCUGGCACGUGAGAGUGACGAGGGUGAUUUGGGAACCCUGGACUCUGCAGUUGGUUCAGGUUCACUGGCAGAAAGCACUUCUUUGAACAUCGAGUUUCAGUCUACAGAUGGUUCGAAUGAAACAGGGGGUAGGCCAGAAGCCAUGCGUGCUGAUCAAAGGGAAGAACUGGAGAAUCUGCGUAAGCAGCAUGAACUGCUGAAGAAGAUGCUAGAGCAGCAGGAGCAACUCAGGGCCCUGCAGGGUCGACAAGAAGCUCUGAUGGCCAUUCAGCAUAGUGCUGAACAGGCGCUGACUGUGAUUGAAGACACUGUUGUCACCGAAACCACUGGUAGUGUUUCAGGCCUGAGCAUCACAUCAGAGCUGAAUGAGGAGUUAAAUGAGUUAAUCCAACGGUUCCACAACCAACUACAUGACUCUCAGACUAAAGCGGUACCAGACAACCGGCGCCAGGCACAGAGUCUUUCCCUUUCCAGAGAGGUUUGUUGGUCUAGGCCUCCCCAGGCUGUUGGUCCACCUCCACACAGGCCCUUCCUUCACUCUGCCUCUGGCCCACACACUGGCCUAGACACGGAUGCAACUGCUGCAAGUGUCAAGCUAACCAAACUGCAAGAACUUCAAGACAAAAAGCAAACCAUGGACAAGAUCCUCAAGGAGUUGCAUUCACUCAGAGACCAGACACUAAACAACAAUUCAUGUCGCAGUCUGUCAGUACAGUGCAGCCCAAGCAUUGGAGGAUCACUGGAUUGUCCAUCUGCUUUCUGCUCUAAUGGGGCAUCUGCUUCCACUUCUUUCCAGCCUUCACACACACAGCAGCAAGACGGCUCCAAUUCGGCUGACAAGUUAAGGAAGCUGAAGGAGGUCCACAAGCGCUUGAAUGAGUUGCGGGAGCUGGUUCAGUACUAUGAGCAGACCUCUGAUAUGAUGGUGGAUGCAGUCAAUGAAAAUGUGAAAGAUAUCGAUGAUAGAGAGGAAGAAGAUGAGACAGAGGAUAGCUCUAUGUUUGAGGUCAUGUUUGACUCUGAGCAGGAGAAUCACCAACCUGUUACCAACAUCAGACACCCACAGCGCAGCGCGAACUGGGCCGACCUGAACAGCCUGACAAAUGGCCGCAGUGCCAGGAGUAGUGCAGCUAACAACCGAGAUGGUAGACUCAACACGGAGUGUGAGAUCAACAACCGAGCAGCAGCCAACCUCCGCAGCCUCAACAUCUCUGCAGCCAUAGAAUGUCAGUACAACAGGGACAUUCCCUAUAAUCAGAUGAACGACGAAGACGAUGAAGACAAUUGUGUCAAUAAUGGCGAAGGAGCACAUGCUGUGGUCCAAGAGAGUGCAUCUGACUCCAGUCGACGAAGCAGCCUUGCGAACGACACAGCUUUUGCUCCGAAGGUUCAUCACAAAACGGCCAAGCAAAAACUCCGGCAGCUGCAGGAGCUGGUGGCCAUGGUACAGAGUGACGAUACAGAUGGAACAACAGCUAAUGAGGAUGAAGUUUUACACCAACAGCCAAAUAAUAUUAGAGCUUCUGUUCCUGGGCCUUUGGGGGCUGGAUCUAAACAGAGUCCAAGAGACAUAGCUCUCUCUGGCAAGGCCAGGGAGAAGUUAUAUGAGGAAAAGUUACGUCAGCAGAAGCAGGAGCUGAAACAGCUCCAUGAAGAACGCCAGAGACUCAUUGAAAUCCAGGGCAAGAUCCAAGACCUGCAGUGGGCUUGUCCUGACCUUCAGUCAUCUGUGCCCAGCAGCACAGUGAGUCACCAGGGUUUGCUGAGGAAGGCUCCAGUUGCAGUCUCCACUCCUGCUCCCAUCCAGGCUUCUUCCUCCUCUGGGCCCAAAACCAACUUGGCUGUGCUCAAACCUACUGCUCCAGAGGCAGCCACCUCUUCUGUCACUGACAAUGAGCUUUGGUCAGAAAUGCGUCACCGGCAGAUUAUGCGAGAAGAUCUGCGACAACGCCGAAAGCAUCUGGAGUCACUGAUGGCUGAACACCAGAGGCGUAGUGGUAUCAGCGACUCACCCUGCCAGGUCGAAGACCAAGAGGACAAUACUCCUCUUUCACAGCCUUUCAGCAGGGAUGAAAGAACAAUGGCCACAUGGGGUUCCAGUCCCUGCCACCUUGAUGAUGACGAUGAUGAUGAUGAAGAUGAUGAGGAAGAAGAGGAUGAGUAUCGCUCAGGGAUUGGUGCAGAGGAAGAAGAGGAGCAGGAUGUGUGUACAGAGAGCAGCUCUGAUGAUGACCUCCAUCUGUAUUCGCCAAGCAGGAACCAGUGCUCCUACAGUGACAGAAAGAAUCAAGGAAGUAAUCUGAAGCCUCCAGCAGCCGUCUCAGUUGACAGUGGUGGGCAUCUUCAUAACAAGACCAAGGUGAAGCAGCAGUUCAGAGGUUUGGACCAGUCUGCAACUCAGCAUGGAGGUGUCCGACGUCAGGAGAACCUGCGCUGGGCUUCUGAAAUAUCACUGUCAGAGAGUCCAAAUCAGUGGCAGGAACAAGUCAGCCAGCUACAAAGACAGCUGGACUUCAGUACAAGCAUGUGUCAGACUCUCCUGCAGGACCAGCAGACUCUAUCCUACAUGCUGCAAACCCUUCUGACGGGUCAGUACAGCAUGUUACCCAACAACCUGUCAUCACCGCAGGUCCACCUGGUCAUGCAUCAGCUAAACCAGUGCUAUACGCAGCUGGCUUGGCAACAAAACAAUGUCCAGAGACUUAAGCAGGUCCUGAACGAUCUUAUUCGGCAGCAGCAGCAGCAGCAACAGCAACAGCAGCCUUCCUCCUCAGCAGCAGGUUGGCAGACACAGAAGCAGAGCUCAGCACAGGACUCCAUCUCUGGCCCCUCAGCCUCUCCCGGCAUCUUCCCCUUUUCGUCCAUCCUGCAACCCUCAGCUAACAAUAUGCCACCCUCUGCCUUAUCCCCAUUUCCUCCCAGCUUCAACUUAUAUCCACCAUUCCCUGCUGCCACAGUUGACUUUCCUCAAGGUGCAGCUGGCCCAGCUACUCCUGAACACCAGAAGCUGCAGUUAGACCCCAACACGUCGAUUAAAACAGAGUAUAUGAGUUUUCCACCCCCACUGCAGCGCUCUCCUCUUAACACUGCUACAGAAAGGAGAUUGGCGGGCCGGCUUAACACCUCCUACACGAACAAUAUAGCAAGACCGAACCUGUCAAAAUCAGAUCUACAAGAGUCUCCGUCUUCCUCCCCCAGUUUUGCCAAACGCCACUCACAAGCUCAGCUGUUCGACAAGGCAUCUCAAGACAGCUUAAGCAGUAUGCCAGAAACCGGUGAUCCCAAUACGGUGACAAAGACUUUUAAAGCAGGGCACAAGGCCUCUGCACACGCCAACCUGGCCUCUCGGAGCAAGACUCCAAAGAACCGGCGUAGGAGGAACAAAGCGCGCAGCAAGAACAGUGAAGGCCACGACAGUGACAGCGUCAGCAGCUCGGCUCCGUCUCAUCACAGGGAUCAGCAUCACAGCCUGUUGGACAAACUGACUCAGGAGAAACUAGACAGGAAAACGAAGCCUGGGAACAAACGCAAUGACCUCUCCUCUGGUAUGGCCUCUUAUGCUUGGAGAACACCUUUCCUCUCUAACAGAAUUGCAUGCACAGAAGCUCCAGAUGCAAGCAGUGACUUCUCAUUGUUCGAAGCCCUGAGGGAGACCAUCUACUCUGAGGUGGCCACUUUGAUAUCCCAGAAUGAAUCACGGCCCCAUUUUCUCAUUGAGCUCUUCCACGAACUGCAGCUGCUGAACACCGACUACUUACGUCAGCGAGCUCUUUAUUCCCUGCAGGACAUAGUGACCAGCCACCUGGCAGUCCGGAGUUCAGCUGAGGACCAGGUGCCCCCUCUUGGUCCGGCGGUGUGGACUGCCGGCUCCCAGUCUGAGCUCACCCCCAGCCAGAGUCUGACCACUAGCGAUGAGGAGGUGGUAGAGAAGAACUUGAGACAUGAAAUGGAUGCAACAAAGAAGAGGGGUGCUGCAGAAUGUUUAGAUAAUGACAGCAACAUGUCAACCUCGUCCAACCUGGAGGCUUUUGCCAAUGAUGACCUGGGCAACACGGUGAUUCAUUUAGACAAAGCUCUGGCAAGGAUUAGGGAAUAUGAGCGCAUGAAGCUCAAAGCUGAGUUUAACCCCUGCAACACCAGCACUGCAGGUGUGGGCUGUUCUGAAGUCUCAAACACUGACCGCCCCUCUGCUAACCAUGCUGACCCAGUGGAAGGUGGGGCAUCUGGAGAUGUGCACUGCCCCCAGAUUGACACCCAACAGUUGGAUCGCCAGAUCAAAGCCAUCAUGACUGAAGUCAUUCCCUUUCUCAAGGAAAACAUGGACGAGCUGUGUUCACAUCAGUUGCUCACAUCUGUGCGGCGCAUGGUCCUCGCUCUCACCCAGCAGAACGACGAGAGUAAGGAGUUUGUUCGCUUUUUCCACCGGCAGCUGGGAGGCAUACUGCAGGACUCUCUGAGUAAAUAUGUGGGCCGUACCCUAAAGGACUGUGGGGAGGACUUGCUGGUUGAGAUCUCAGAGAUCCUCUUCAAUGAGCUGGCUUUCUUUAGGCUCAUGCAGGAUUUGGACAACAGCAGCAGCAUCACCCCGUCUGCAAAACCAAAAAAUAAGAAAAGGUCUGAACAACCCGGUAAAGCUAAAGUCAGUCCCGAGGAGACUGCAGUUUCUGGGACAGAUAAAUCAGUUUCUCUUACAUCCGCUGAUGAAGACAAGGAUCAAGACGAGGCUGAGCAAGAAGCACCCUCUGGACUCCAGGAGCUGUACCUGCACACAGAGACAAAGAACGACAAGAGCAGUGAAGCUUCAGAUGUGGAAGAGGAGGAUGAGGGUGAAGGGCAUGGAGCAGCAGUGCCUCUCUCUAUAAGUCUUUCCAAAGCGGAGACUCAGGCCCUGACAAACUACGGCAGCGGGGAGGAUGAGAACGAGGAGGAGGAAAUGGAGGAGUUUGAAGCUGGGCCUGUAGAUGUGCAGACAUCUUUGCAGUUUUCUUCUGAUGGGCAGGUUGAGCAGGAGGGGACUACCUGUACCGAAAUCCAGGAGCAAAAGCAGGACCAGAAGAGCUCAGAGAAGACCAUUAAGUCACCUGGGACUGCAGACACCACUGUGGAGGAGCACACUGUGCUGGAAUGUCAGAGCCCUGCGGAGGAGAGUACAGCUGCUACAGAGGGAGAUUCCGCUGUCUGCCAGAGUCAGGAUGCCCCCAAGGAGUCAACAACCACCAGUAGCACUGACACGGACUCGCCUGUCCUCAUCAGCGUAGAUGAGAUGGGAUCAGGAAAUGCAAGCCAGAAGUCUGAUGAGGAAGACUUUGUUAAGGUGGAUGACCUGCCACUGCAGCUGACCGUCAUGUGUGAGGAGGAGCUUCAGAAGAGAAUAGUGGAGGAGCAGCAGAACAACAACCUCUCUGUGGAAAUCCUCAAUGGUAACCCUGAAAUGUUAAGUGGGCUGGUGGGAAAUGGACAGGCGUUAAAGGAGCCAGGUACGAAAGACACCGGUUAG